UGGAAAAUCGUGUUGAGGCACACUCCAUCGCUGGUCCUCUUGGAGUAAAGAUGAAGUUGGUGGUAGCCUUGGGGGUUGUAGGCCUUUGCGCCCUAGCUGUGAGCAGUCCAACAGGGGAUGACACCUAUCCUGGACAGUAUAAAACAGUCACAGCCGAUAAAACUCUUGUGGACAAGCAAAAAAAAGUCUUGUCUCUUUUUAGAAGAAUUAACCAGCCGAGUUACAAUGAAGAGCAUAUUCAAAUUGUAAAAACAUUCAAGCUUGAAGAUCCCAGUUUAUACACAAAACCCGAAGUUGCUGAAAAGAUCACCGAGUUCUACCAGAACGGCUACCAACUACCCAAAAAAGAAAUUUUCUCCCUAGCUUAUCCCGAGCACUUGGAACAAGCCAUUGCCGUCUUCGAUCUGUUCUACUACGCCAAAGAUUUCGACACCUUCUACAGAACAGCCGUAGCAGCACGUCACUGGCUCAACGAAGGCUUGUUCUUGUAUUCUUAUUCCGUAGCUAUCAUCCACAGACCUGAUUGCUACGGUAUUGUACUUCCUCCACUUUACGAAGUGUACCCGUACUAUUUCUUCAACUCCGAGACCAUUCAGCAAGCUUACAAGUACAAGCAAACUUGGAACGGCCAACCUAUCCAAAGCACUGGAGGGAAGUACCCAGGUUACACUAUCGUUUCUAAUUAUUCUGGAUAUUACAUUAACUUACAUCCAGAACAAUCGCUUUCAUAUUACUUGGAAGAUGUCGAAUAUAACAACUUCUAUUACACUUAUUAUUUGUACUAUCCUUGGUGGAUGGAUGGUGAGAAAUACGGCAUCAACAACGACAGGCGUGGAGAGUUGUUUUUCUUCUUCUACCAACAGAUUCUUUCCAGAUAUUAUCUGGAACGUUUGUCCAACGAUUUUGGACAAAUCCCUCUCUUGGACUUGGAUGUCCCGAUUGAAACACCAUACUAUCCAUCUUUGCAAUACCCCAACGGCUUGCAAUUCCCUGAAAGACCCAAGUUUGCCAGAUUAUCUGAUUAUUUCUACAGUUAUGGACAGCAUGUCAGGUCUCAUUUUGCUCACAGUUUGAGUUACUACAAGGAUUAUACAAGGAGAGUUGUAGAUGCUAUUGAUAGAGGAUAUUGCUUGAACAAACAAGGUGAACGUGUAGAACUCUAUAACGACAAGCAUGGUUACAACACUAUUGGAAAUCUUCUUCAAUCUAAUCCAGACUCUCCAGACGAACGGUUUUAUGGACCUUGGUUGGGUUAUGGUCGUCAUGCUUUGGGAUAUUCCUACACUCCACUCUACAAAGACAAGGUAGCUCCAUCUGCUUUAGAACAUAUCGAAACUUGUUUAAGAGACCCAGUGUUUUACCAACUCUACAAAAUUUUAAUCAACUACUAUCACAGAUACCAAUCGUACUUACCUCCAUACACCACUAAAGAUCUCAUCUGGAACGGAGUCCAAAUUGAAAAAGUUGAAAUAGACCGUCUCAUCACGUACUUCGAUGAGUUCUAUUCCGAUCUCAGCCAAGCCGUCUACUACAGUGAGGAAGAAUUGAAGAACGAGAAGAACCACUUCUUCGUUCGCGCCAAGCAGUACCGUCUCAAUCACAAACCUUUCACUUACAAAAUCCACGUCCAAUCUGCGUCUGAUGCUAAAGCUGUUGUCAAGGUCUUUAUUGGUCCUAAGUAUGAUGAAUAUGGAAGGUACAUCAACAUCAGUGAAAACAGAUGGAACUUCUUUGAAUUGGACCAAUUCGUGUAUGAUCUGAAGAGCGGUGAAAAUGUUAUCAAGAGGAGUUCUUACGAAAGCAGACUGUUCGCUACAGAAAGGACAAGUUUCUACGACCUAUACAAACAAGUUAUCAGCGCUUCUGAAGGACAGGGUGAAUUCAACGUGGACCCAAGACAAAAUUACUUCAAUUUCCCAUACAGAUACAUGUUACCUAAAGGUAGCACUGGCGGGUAUCCAUUCCAGUUCUACUUCAUCGUCUACCCAUACAAACCAUACACCGGUAACAAGCCCGAGGAAUGGACUUACCACUACCCAAGACCAGGAGUUGGAGGGCCAUACAUCGACGAUUAUCCACUCUAUUAUCCAUUCGAUCGCGAGAUAAAGUAUGGAAAGACGUUCUUCGAGGAUAUUCCUAACAGUUUCUUCUACGAAACGAGGAUCUAUCACAAGAAGGACGUAAAUUCCGUCACUCCUGAGCAUUUGGACAAUGUUUUUCUCGAAAAACAGCACAAGGUUUUGACCUUAUUCAAACAUGUAGUACAACCUGGUCUUGUAGAAGAACAUGCGGAAAUUUGCAAAGGAGUUACUGAUCUAGUGCAAUGGCUACAAACUCACAAACCCUUAUUUACUAAACCUGAAGUCGUUGACACACUGAUCAAAUUCAGCCAUUACGAUUACUUAUUACCAAAAGGACACAUCUUCUCCAUUGGAGAGGAAGAACACUUAGAGCAAGCAAUCGCUGUCUUCAAAGUUCUGUAUUAUGCGAAAGAUUUUGAAACUUUCUACCAAACAGCCGUCAUUUUACACCACUUUAUCAAUGAAGGUACGUUCUUGUAUUCAGUUUCUGUCGCUGUAGUACACAGACCUGAUACUUAUGGAAUAAUCUUACCACCAAUUUAUGAAGUCUACCCAUGGCACUUCUACAGCACCGACGCUAUUCAAGAAGUCUACAAACACGCUAUGGUUCAUGGAACAGAAAACAGUAACAUGGUAACUGAUACUCACGCUCACAAUGCUAUUCACGCUAACUACUCAGGUCAUCACUUAAACUUGCAUCACGAACAAACCAUGUCGUAUUAUUUGGAGGAUGUUGGUAUCAAUGCUUUCCAUUACUAUUGCCACAUCCACUAUCCCUACUGGAUGGAUGGCGAAGAAUUUAAAAUUAACCACGACAAACGAGGUGAACUCACAAUGAACAUCAUUCAAGCCCUCGUUGCCAGAUACCACAUGGAACGACUCUCCAAUGGAAAAGGUCAUAUUCCCAUCUUAGAUUUUCACGUUCCUGUCGACGUACCUUACUAUCCUUUCCUCCAGUACGUCACUGGAGAACCUUUCCCUGAAAGACCCAACCACGUUGACUUGCACGAUUCUAAAGUAAACCACUUGGAAGAUAUUGGUACUAAGUACGAGCACAGCUUCACCAAAGUCCACCAGUGUGAAGAUCGCAUUAGUGAAGUUGUUGACAGCGGAUAUGUAAUCACAGAUACAGGAAAGAAAUUUAAUAUCUAUGAAGAUAAACACCCUGAAAACGUUUUUGGCAAUCUAAUUCACGCCAAUGCUGACUCCCCUCACCACAAAUACUACUGUAGCUACCUAGCUUACGCCAAACACAUUUUGGGAUACUCCCACACCUCGGACACCUGGGAGCAUGUUGUUCCUUCUGUCCUGGAUCACCCCGAAACAACUUUAAGAGAUCCAGCCAUUUAUAUGGUAUACAAAAAAUUACUGUCGUACCACCACGAAUUCCAACAUAACUUGAAACCAUACACUAAGGACGAAUUAGUAUUCCCAGGUGUCACCAUUGAAAAAGUUGAGAUGGAUAGAUUGAUCACGUACUUUGAGAACUUCUUCAGUGAUGUCACUAACGCUGUGUGGACCUCCGAGGUUCAAGUAAAGAAAAACCCAUCAGCCCAGGUAUGGAUUAUUCAACAACGUCUCAAUCACAAACCGUUCACCUAUAAAAUUCACGUGAACUCCAACCAAGACACCCAAGCUGUUGUUAAAGUUUUCCUUGGACCAAAACACGACGAAUAUGGCAAACCCAUCAAUAUUAGCGUAAACAGAGUUAACUUUGUUCCAAUUGAUUCGUUCAAAUGGCAUUUGCAAGUAGGACAAAAUGUGAUCAAGCGUAGCUCUCAUGAGACCAUGUUCUUUGCUGCUGAUAAAACGUCAUAUCCAGUUCUGACCAAGAAGGUUACCGAGGCCUAUAAAGGUGCUGGAAAAUUCCAUGUUACAGGAAAAGACAAUUAUUUCUAUUUCCCUGAUAGAUACAUGCUACCCAAAGGUACAGUUGGUGGUGUACCCUACCAAUUCUAUUUCGUUGUCAUUCCCUACAAACCCUACCAAGGCCAAACUGAAGAAACCACUUUCUUCUAUCCUCAUCCUGGUACCGGUGGAGGAUACGUCGACGACACCUCAACCUAUUUCCCAUUAGACCGACCAAUUAAAUUUGAGGAAAUGUUUGUCCACGAAGUACCAAACUCGUACUUCUACGACACCAAGGUGUACCACAGGACCAUCGAAGAAGCUCAAGUACCCCAAACGCAGCAACCUUAUUAGAUUGGGGUGGAUUAGUUAUUUUAAUUUUGUUUUUUAACGUAGAUUAUUUAAUAGUUUUGUUAAUUUAAUUUAAAUACCGGUGAAUAAAAUGUAAAAGUUUUGGAAGAA